AUGGACUUCCGUUUGCUGGAAGCCGCAAUUGCCCUAAUGGUAGUCAUCGGAGGUGCGGUCGCGUGGAAGCUGUUGAAUUCUUUGAGGAGCCCAAUGGCAAACCUACCUGGACCUUGGCAUACGAUAAUUUCAGACCUUCGAUUACGAUACGAAGUUGCCAGGGGACGAGGACCCCAUUGGAUCCAUCAAUUGCAUCUGCAAUACGGUCCCGCGGUUCGUUUGGGUCCAAGUGAGGCAAGCUUCCAAGACCCAGCCGCCGCCCAAAUCAUACAUCGCAUCAAAGGCGAGUACUUGAAGGCCGACCUCUACGAUAAAUUGAUCACUGGAGUUGUCAAUGUUUUCACCACUCGGAAUCUUGACGUCCAUAAACGCCAGCGACGUCUUCUAUCGUCCGAGAUGGCCGAAUCUGCGCUUCAGAAACACGUCCCCGUGGUCGAAUCAAACAUUCGAUUGGCACUGAAUCGCAUGCGGGACGACAUGGAGAAGAAUGACUACACGGACGUGUAUCAUUGGUUCCUCUCAAUGGCCACUGACAUCAUCGGCGAGCUCAGCUUCGGUGAAUCCUUCCGGAUGUUGGAGACUGGAGAGGAAAACCAAUACAUCAAAGACAUGCAGAGCGUGGCCCAGGCCGGAGGAGUCCGGGUCACCUUUCCCUUCCUGCUCCAGUUAUCGAAACUGGUGAAUAUACCGGUGAUAAGCGACGCUGUCGCCAAUCAGGAGAGACUCAUUGGUUAUGCUGACCAGUCUAUCAAGCGUCACCAGAAGCUGGCGCAAGACAAAGGCGAUGAGAUGAACAGUACACUGUUUUCCAAGCUAUAUGACCAAGUGAGCGGUGGGAAUCUCAGCUUUAUUGAAGUGCGUGACAACGCCGUAGGCUACAUCGUUGCAGGCUCAGACACCACCGCAAGUGCCACAUUCCAGGAAUUCGAUGAAUGCCAACAGCUAACAAUUAUGAAGGCAAAUUCUUUGACUUACCUUGUUUGGUUGCUUUGUCGUCAUCCAGAGGUUAGGGACAUCCUCGUGGCAGAGUUGCGAAGCCUACCCUCAAACUUCAAUUACGAACAAGUCAAAAGCCUCGAAUACCUCGGAUACGUUAUCGAGGAGACACUGCGCCUCUACCCCGCUGCACCGGCUGUACGCAAGCUUGGAGCUUGCAUCGUGACCCCAGAGUAUUCCCGAAUCCGCUCAAAUUUGACCCCGGACGAUGGGAACAUGCAACGAAGGCAAUGA